AUGCGCAUAACCAGAGACAACUUGCUUCACGCUACCAAAUCCUUAUGCAUUGAUUUCGCAUCCAAGAAAGAUCCAGACGCUCUCAUGACGCAUUUCUCUACGACACACCAGUGCUCAGCAUAUGAACAUGGUUUACCUAUUCUUGCUCCAUUUCUGGGUCGUCACUUUGUCGGACGUGACGGAGUACGAGAUUACUUCAAAACCGUAGCUUCGACUCUGAGUUUUGAAGGAAUGGAGUUUUCAGAGUAUAUCGUCGAUCCAGAAGUCCAGAAAGUUUCGAGCAGAGCUGGGACGAGAUAUUUACAUAUGUGCUUGACUUUGACGACUGAUUGCAAGGUUACAGAUUAUCAGGUUUGGGCAGAUACAGGCGCUGCAUACCUUGCUAGCAAUGGUCAAGUUGGACACGAGCUAGGAUUGUAA